AUGCAGUUCCAAGUCAUCGCCAUCGCUCUGUUCGCCAGCCUCGUCGCCGCCCAGAGUGGCACCUGCUUCGACGACGGCGACUGCUUCUUCUCCGGCGGCAAAUGCACUAAAGCCGAUGGCCAAAUCACCGGUACCUGCAGCCCCAAGGACGGCACUCCUACCACCACCGGCGGCGCUGCCCCAACUGCGACUGGCGCGGUCUGCUUCGACGACGGUGACUGCAUUCUGUCUGGUGGAAAGUGCGUCAAGACCGAGCUCCUUGGUAAAUGCUCAAAGUAA